AUGAUGAAUCGACUUCCUCCACCACCUUUAUUUACAAUUCGUCCUCCACCGAAACCACCUGGACCGUUUUUCGAACAAUUUCAAACCAUUGAGAUUCUCAAUGGUCAAUGCGUUCUUCCAUCAUUCAAUUUUCUUUUAAAUUCCACGUCGAAUGUCCUUCACAAACACGAACAACAAAUCAAUUGGUUGAAUCUUUUUCUACUGAUUUUGGCUUUAGUCAGUGUCAUAUCCUGUAUUAUUAUUGCGAUAUUUAUUUUUAUAUGUCUUAAAAAAUUGAAAAAAGAAGAAAAACAAUAUAAAAAUUAUGUACUGACUGGAUCUUUGGCGAGAAGUUCGCAUCAAUCGGAUCAUUGUAAAAGAGCCAAUGAACAUUACAAAUGUACAUCAAAUGCAUUGAAUUGUUGUGACGAUUCUUAUUCUCAUCAAUUAAUUCCAUUAACCGAUCCGAUCAAUCCAAAUUCCAAUGAACCAUCUUCACUCGCCACACAUUCUUCAGCUUUUGAUACAUUACAAAACCAUCAGUACGAAUGUAUACCUGAUUAUUUCUUAACAAUGGCUCGUCAUCCUCAUUCUUCUUCAUUAUCCAAAUCACAUAUCUGUCAUUAUCAGCAUACAUUAUAUCAUCGACCAAAUCCGUGUUCGAUUCCAUAUGCAACGUUUUCUCGAUCGUUAAUUCAUUCGCAAGGAAUACCAACGACGAUAAGCACAAGUGAUAGUAGUCAAUGUACAUGUUCUCCUCCUCCGUCGACAACAGUUGUUCAGGAAGAAUCAUCAACGCCUUUAUUACUUUCAUCGACGAAUAACGCAACACAGAAAACCGAAGAUGUUUCGAUAUCUUCGCCGAAAUCACUGAGAAUUGGAUGGACAAGACGAAGUCACACUUCGAUACCAACGAAAAUUCAACCAUCCGAAAAUCAUCUUCGUGAAAAACGAUUUAGUUUCUUAUCUCAACUAAGAAAAUCUUCUGUAUUACAUUAG